CUCGGCGUUCAACAACCCGCUGCGAAUACCCCGACCGACCGACCGAUCAACCGACCGACCGACCGACCGUGGACGCGCGCGCCCGCUCUCGAGUGAAAUAAUAUAUAAUAACGACGAACAGUGUGCGAUAUUUUUUUUUUUUUAAUUUUCAUUCGUUUUCAAUUAGUUUUUUGUGGAAUUUUUCUAUUUUUCUGGCCUACACACGUGCGCCCGAAUUUUCGCGAGUGACGCGCCGAAAGUGCCGCUGCGGCCGACGUUGUAAAUAACAAAAUAAUAUCUCGUCGUCGGCGCCGAAAUGCGAUCAAUCCGUGCGACCACAGCUAUUACGAUAUAACAUUGCUCGGUAUUCCUACACGUAUUUUGCUGUCGUGUCUUAUCGCCGCAUCGUGAACUCUAAUCGUUCCUCGCGACCUUCGCGAAAACACGCCGCGGCACCGUUACCACCGACGUAUUAUUGUACUUUAUUAUCAAACAUCGUACGACAGGCGUUUCAUACACACUACAAUAUACGCUAUCGAUAUAACAUCCGAGGGUGUGACGCGUAAAUGACGACCGCGUUAUGUUAAACCCGUUUAUGGACAACGCGUCUCUGGUCAACGGCAUGGGCGUCAAGGUCGAGGAAGACUAUAUGGCCGCUUCUCAGGACCACUAUCAUCAGAUGCACUACGGGCAACAGCAGCCACCGCCGCCGCCGCCGCCGCCACCCCCUCCGCCGUCGACGCACCACCCGGGCUAUCCGGGGCCCAGGGAUUUCUUGCACAUCCGCCGGGACGUGGCCGACUACCACCACCACGGACAUCACCACCACCAUCACCAGCACGGCGGGGACCAUCACAUGAGCGGCCUGUACCCGGCGGCCGUGCACCACGACCUGCAGCUGCACCACGGACAGGCGUACCCGCCGCCGCACCAGCCGCAGCCGCCGCUGCAGCCGUCCGCGUCCGUGCACCGGCACAACGAUUACGGCAGCCAAGACCCGUACGGCGGUGCGGCCGGUCACCCGGGCGGCGCGUUUUACCGGUACAUGCGACACGGCCCGGUGGCGACCGCCGCGCUCAAGGACAUGUCGUGCCUGUGGAUCGACAAGCCCGGGCCACCGAUGCGCACGUGCGGCAAGAUGUUCGGUUCCAUGCAGGACAUCGUUUCGCACAUAACGGUCGAACAUGUCGGCGGGCCCGAGUGCACGACGCACGCGUGCUUUUGGCACGGGUGCGAGCGCAAGGGCCGGCCGUUCAAGGCCAAAUACAAGCUGGUCAACCACAUCAGGGUGCACACCGGCGAAAAACCGUUCCCGUGCCCGUUCCAGGGGUGUGGCAAGGUGUUCGCCCGGUCGGAGAAUCUCAAAAUACACAAACGCACUCACACAGGCGAGAAGCCGUUCAAAUGUGAAUACGAAGGAUGCGAUCGAAGGUUCGCCAACAGUUCGGACAGAAAAAAGCACUCGCACGUACACACUUCGGACAAGCCGUACAACUGUAGAAUAUCUGGAUGCGACAAGUCGUACACUCAUCCCAGUUCCCUCAGAAAGCACAUGAAGGUGCACGGUAACGGUAAAAUGGACAGCGACGGCAACUACGACUCGGAAGACUCCAACUGUUCGUCCGGCGGUUCGAUCAGGGUGACCGACAGUUGCACUACAGCGACGCCCAGCAUCGUGUCACCUGUGGAUCAUCAUCACGGAGCACAGACGCCGUCCGUCCUACACCCGACGGCACUGCCGCUGCCCACACCGCCCACGUCCGAUUGGUACAUGAACACCGGACCCGGCGCGCCGUCCAUUCAACCGUCGUCCGUCGACCACGGUCACCACUAUCUGACCGACCUAAACCACCAUCACCAUCAUCAUCACCCGCACCAUCACACGUCACUGAUGGCUCAUCACCAUCACGGCACCGCGGCUUAUUGAAACAAAUCCCCCGCUUCGUAUUACGACACCGCCGCUGCCACGGCCGCCACGCCAGAAUGGAGGUAGCACACCGCUACCGUCGUCAUCGAUACUGACGAUAACGAUGACUGUGACGACGACGGCGGACGACGAUGACGGGCGGUGAUCAGCAAUGGCUAGUACAUUCUCGCCUCGACGACAUGACUUAGCCUAUAUGAAAAAAAAAAAAUAUACAUAUAAUUUAAUAAUAAUUACGACGAUUAUUAUGAUAUUACAUAUUAUUACGUACUGUAUUCUCGGAGAAAUGAGCAUUUCGUUUUGUAUUUAUAUCUGACUGCCGGUCAUCGUGAUAAUUUGAUAACGCUAUUCAAUCAUUCAUUACGCAGCGCAUGUGCAUGUAUACUACCGUUUUAUUAUAUUAUUUUAAUGAUAAUAUGUAACGUAUUGUUAUUAGCUUUAAUAUCUCUCUAUCGUUUUCCAUUACGAUAUGAAGUGGGGGCCACCUGUGAUUCUAAUAUUAUUAGUGUUUUAAUUUUAUUUUUUAGCUUAAUUAUUAUCGACGGGUUAUUUUAAUUUUUUUUUUUUUUUUAAUCAAAGAUUCAUGUGUAUUGAUAAUGUUACCGAUACUACAGAUGGUUUUUUUUGUUUUUAAUUUCAUUUAAGUAUCGUAUACAACUAAACCCCUCUGUUGCUGUGCCUUUAAAUUAAAUGUUUAAAAGUUGUGAAUUUUUAAAAGUUAUAAAAUUUUAAAAAUUAAUUAUUUUUAAAUACCAACACUAAAACAUGUAUAUAAUAUAUUAUGUUGUUGCAUAUAAUGUAUUUGUAAUUUUAAAAAUUGUAUCCAUCCAAUCAAAAAAAGGAAAAUAAACUUCCAUUAAUUUACAGGUACACUAUAUUUGUACAAUCUUGUAUAACUAAAGAAUUUAACUCUGAGAAAGUAUGUUAGGCCAACAUACAUCUUCGGUUUAAUGUAGUAAAUUGUAUUAUAUUAGUGUAUCGAAGGCCUGUAUUGUAAAAAAAAAAUAUUUAUACAUAUUAUAUAUACGUAUAUAUUAUACAAAUAAAAA